CGAACCGACACGACACGACCAACAUGGCCGCGCCAGGAUCAUCGACAACGCGAGCGCGGCUAAAUCUGGAUGAUUCACUUCGACUGGUGCACGAUAUCUUGGACGAAGACCAGAGCUUCCUCGAGUACCUGCACGACGAAAACAUGUCCAAGCGAGACCGCCUGCACCACCAGCUACAAACGCCCAAAGCCCCGCCGCCGCCGUCAAUUCGUCCAGAGCACUACAUCAACGACACAUGCCACGAGCUCCAGCACGACCUGCAACAAAUCGAAUCGGAGCUAUACUUCUACGACUCCAUGAAGCAAAAACCCUCGUCGGCCAACGCCACAGGACGGACUCGUCGUGGAAGCGCAGCGCUGCUGACAACUGGAACAGCGCGACCGACCCAAUCCACGCGUCAACCAGGUCCCGCGCCCAAAGCGAGGGCAGCCAACCCGUCGAAUCCCACCAUCGCCACGUCAUUUGAUUCCUUGUUGGCCAAACUCCAGCGAGACUACGAACAUGACCAAACCGCACACGUUGCGGCGCAAUCUCGAAUUCAAGCGCGGGUGGUGGCGGCCCAUAAAGGUGCCAUGGUCUUUGGAGACUUCCAAACACAGCCAAACGGGUCCUUGUCGCAGCCGACUGUCGAAGAUCCCAACUGCUCGUCUCGUCAAGACAACGAUCGGCCUAAUAAAGUACCCACAGAUGUAUGUGAUCUGGAUCAAGUGGAAUUCGACCGAGGCGACCCGAAUUGGUCUAAGCUACCUCCCCCCAACCAGCCCCCCAAUCCCCCCCAAGAGCCUAGUCGACUGCGGUCAACAUCGAUGCAAGCCCUUCGUGACGCCUACUCCACGGCCAUUGAUCAAAAAGCAGAAGCAGCAGUUCUUGACGGCCGACACAAGCAAGCGCAAGCGGUGGAAAGUGUGCUCGAGCGAUCUCAAAUCCGCAAGCGGUUGGCUGUGGCCAAGCUACAAGAAGUGUGUGACCGAGACACGCACGACGUGGUCGAAGCGACCAAAGCCGAGCUCGGCCAAGAACAUCACGCGGAGCUCGCCGCCGUGCAAGACGAAUGGAUGGCCAAGAGACGCCACGAGCUCAACGAAGUGUUGGUGGACAGCGAGCGCCGCUUGGACCGAGAAAAAAAGAACGUGGCCGAGAAAUUUCAGCUGGAAACGGACGUCAAACGCGCGGCGCUCCAACGCGAGCUCGAACUCGACCGGGCCAGCGCAUUGCGCGAGAUCGAACAGACGUUUCAGGGGGAACUAGAGGCAUUGGAAGAUCGGUUGCGGCAUGUCGUGGCGGAAGAGCUGCAGGCAAAGCGCCAGCAAGUCGCGACGGCGUUGCUCGUACGGGAAGAGGAGUUGCUGCAGCAAGGCCGGACUCAGGCGUUGGCGAUGCAUCAAGCCAACGAACACGCGGACGUGGCCAAGCUACAAGACGCCCUUCAAAUGGGCUCCAAGUUGCGCCUCCAGCAGUUGCGGGAUCGGUUGGACGGGCAACGAGCAGCCAAGUUGGCCGAGAUCGAACGGGUAGCCAACGAUACACUAGAACGCUCCCUGGAACAACUGCGCAACGAGCAUGAUGGUGAAACCAACACAUACGUCCAUACUACCCAAGACCGACUAAGGCAGGUCCAUGAUCGAGAAGUGGAGUCGUUGCGGCAAGCGUUGGCCAUCGACGAGACACGAUCGCUCAACGACGUCACAGCCCAACUACGAACCAACCACUUGCAGCGUGUCCAGCGUAUUCGCGACGACCAUGAACGGCAGCGCUCGGAGCGACUGGUCCAGCUUCAGCAAACGUACGAAGCCGAGUACUUGCUUCGCAUGGAGGUGCUUGAAGACGAACUCAAUGCCAAGUUGACGGCAGACAUGAACGACCGGGCGGCGGAUCACGCCCACGCGUUGCAAAAGCAGAUGGCGACGUGCAAACAGCAUUUUGCCGACUUGACAACCCGGCUGUCGUCGGAAAUGCACUUUUUAUUCCAAGUGUCCAACAACCCCACCAUUUCCUCUCGGUCGAACGAACGUAAUCGGCAACCGACUGAGUCGAAGGAAGCAGACGUCGUAGACAAAUUGCACACGCUGGGCGUCACCAGUCGCGACGUCCACAAGUGGGUCCAUGCGCUCAGCUCCGAGUACUACGACCUCUGUGACCAGCACGCGGUGCUCGUCGAGUCGCUCCGCCAAGCAAGUGCGCAAACCAGUACGUGGAAACAAAAGGCGGCUACGAACGAGGUGGCCCUAACACGGCUGCAAGCCAAACUGGACAAAGCCAUUGCUGACGUUCAUGACAAAACGCGGUUGUGCCAGCGGCUCUACAAGGCCAACGAGCAAUUGCUCAAGCAACUCCCGACGUCGCCGCCGUAAUCGACAGAAUAUUACGACGAGGGCUGCAAUUGGUAACGUUAGUAUGCCUUGUUCGCAAAGUGUAGUGUGGGAAUGGAAGGGAACGAUGAAAUGCGGGUCUCGAAAUUGAACAGUC